CGGCUGCAAGCUGAUAAAAUCCCGAUCGACCGAUCCCUCCCGUCCCACCCAACAAGCCGCCUCCCCUCCCAUCCUCGGCCGCCGCUGCAUCGCCAAGCCCUAGCUAGGGUUUUGCCCUCCCCGCCCGCAUCGCCUCCAUGGAUCACUUCUCCAAGAAGCGCAAGCCUGACGAGAACGGCGCGCCCGCCGCCUCCCCCGCCAGCGGGGCCGCCGCGCUGGGCCUCACCCGCGACGACGUCCUCCGCCUCCUCGAGCCGCUCUCCCGGGACCAGCUCGCCGAUAUCGCCGCGGCCGCGGCGCUCGUCUCGGCCGCGGCGCUCGAUGCCGUGCGCGCCGCCGCCGACCGCGACCCCGCGCUCCGCAAGCUCUUCGUGCGCGGCCUCGGGUGGGAGACCACCUCCGAUUCGCUCAGCGCCAUCUUCUCCGCCUACGGCGACCUCGAGGAGGCUGUCGUCAUCACCGACAAGUCCACCGGCCGGUCCAAGGGGUACGGGUUCGUCACCUUCCGCCACGCCGACUCUGCCGUCCUCGCCCUCAAAGAGCCGUCCAAGAAGAUCGACGGACGCAUGACCGUCACGCAGCUCGCCGCCGCCGGUGCGGCCGGCGGGCCGUCCGGUGGGGCCGCGGGCAGUGGCGGCGCUCCUGUGGCGGAUGUGUCCCUCCGGAAGAUCUUUGUCGGGAACGUGCCCGCUGACAUGCCGUCAGAGCGCCUACUUGCGCACUUCGCGGCGUAUGGCGAGAUUGAGGAGGGGCCGCUGGGGUUCGACAAGCAGACGGGCAAGUUCCGCGGCUUUGCGCUCUUCGUGUACAAGACCCCUGAGGGUGCGCAGGCCUCGCUAGUGGACUCGGUGAAGGUGAUUGACGGCCACCAGCUCGUAUGCAAGCUUGCGAUAGAGGGGAAGAAGGGGAAGCAGGGGCAACCACAGCAAUCUGGGCCUGCCAGCCAGCAGCAGCAGCAGAUGCUACAGGGUGGCCCGCAGGACAUGCCGGGUUCUGGGCUUGGCGGGUCACAGAUGGGAGCGCAGUAUGGUGGUCCUGGGAGUGGUAUGUCAUCGUUUGGUGCAUUUGGUGGUGUUGGCGGCGGGUUUGGGGGUCCAAACCCAUAUGGUAACCUGCCAUCUUCCAUGGGUGGAGGUGGCGCAGGUGCUGGUUUAGGGUCGUUGGGAGGCCAGAUGCCUGGCGGGUUGGGUGCUGCUGGGGCUGGCGCAUAUGGGGCUGGGGGAUUGGGUGGAGGUUCUUUUAGGGGAUCAUCUCAAUUUGGUGCUCCUGGGAUGGGGGCUUAUGGCGGCCUAGGAAUGGGCGGGGCAUCUUCCAUGUACCGCAUGCAACAGGGGGCGGGUGGACUGCCUUCAGGUGGCUAUGGUGAUGGCGGGAACUAUCCUCUUCCAGGGGCUGGUUUUCGAGGUCAGGACCCUCAAGCUGGGAUGUCACCUGGACCAGUUGGCAGAGUUCCUCCAAUGUACCCCAAUGUGCCACCUUAUUUCUAAGCUGCAGAUCUACUCGGGAAUAUAGACCCAAACUAAGUUGUAUCCCUGUUUCAUUGGGCUCAUAUAGUGGUUAUUUGGACAGUUGGGUUUGGAUUUACAGGGUGGCAAAUCAGACCCAAACUGCAAAACUAUAGUUGGAUUUGGAUUUGGAUGUUGCCAUGAAAGGUGGACUGUUUGAUAUACCAGCAAUCUUGUUUGCAUUUUACUCAGCCACUUGCAUUUUAAGCUUUGGGUGAGGAUUCCAGCUCAAAUCAACUGCAGUUGAUGUACGGAUGGGUCUAGGUAUAUUUGCUUACUUUAUGGCAUAUACCAACAUUUGGUUUGAAAUUCUGGGCAUGUUGAGUCGAUGUCUCUCGAUAUCAGUUUAGCAACUUUUGUCGCUGUUGGCAUAUUCCUAGUUGAGGUUUUAGUUGUGGCAGCAUAUCCAUGCACAAAUUGCUACUGUUGCUAGGAACUCUGUUAUCUUUGUCUGCAAUUUGCAAUCUCCGUUGUUUAUAAAUUUAAAAAUUUGCUGGUGUUGGUGUGUUUCAAGCUAGCAUUGUAUUUACCUAGUUGCCAUACACAGCCACAAAUGGCGUUUGCUGCUAGGAUAGCAGUAGCUACACUGUUCACGUAUGUAAUUUGCAACAUCCAUGGAUUGUGUUGUGGAGGCAUUUGCGCUACUGCUCUGAUUUGCCACCAUGGUCAUGCUCCAUGUAUUCCACUGUCGUUGAGAUCGGUUCUGAUUUCUGUACCGAGAAAUGUGGUUGGUGAUGUCCUAGUUCAGUUGUUUACUGGGUAUCUCUGCACUUCGUUGGUUGGUUAUUUGCUUGAUUGCUUAGCCACUGUGUACCAUUCAACUGGUGUUUGCCCACGGUAAUAUAUGAUGUUCAAUUUUAAACAA